GGCCUUGGGAUCCAGAUUCUGGAAUUCUGAUCCUUUCACGGAGCCACGGCACGGCGCCAUUCUUGGUGAAGCUCACUUCCUAGCGCUUUGGACAGUGGCCGCCGUUCCCCUUCGCUACUAAUAUCGUUUAUUCUCGCAGUGCUCGCGACGAUGGAUAAGGAUCAAGCCGCUCCCGCAGCAGAGACCGUCGACGCGACGGCUGCAGCCGCUGCUGACCUGUCAAUCGCCGAUAAGCCGGCCGCUGAGCACAAGGAGCCCAAAGAGAAGAAGGAAAAGAAAGAAAAACCCAAGAAGGAGAAGGUUCCCAAGGAGAAGAAGCCCAAUCAACAAGGAGGCGGCGGAGGCGGAGGAGGGAAGAAGGAGGUGAAGAAGGAAACGCUCCUGGGCUUGUCGGUUAAGAAAUCGGAGGACUAUGGGAAGUGGUACUCGGAGGUGGUGGUCCAAUCAGAGCUCAUCGAGUACUAUGACGUCUCCGGAUGCUACAUCCUGCGACCCUGGUCCUACUCCAUCUGGGAAACCAUCAAGGAUUUCUUCGACGCGGAGAUCAAGCAGCUGGGCGUGCAGAACUCCUACUUUCCCAUGUUCGUCUCUGAGAGGGCGCUCAACGCCGAGAAGGACCACGUCGAGGGCUUCGCCCCUGAGGUGGCCUGGGUGACCAAGUCAGGCCAGUCGGAGCUGGAUGUGCCCAUCGCCAUCCGCCCCACCAGCGAGACGGUGAUGUACCCCAUCUACGCCAAGUGGAUCCACUCCCACCGCGACCUGCCGCUCAAGCUCAACCAGUGGAACAGCGUCGUGCGCUGGGAGUUCAAGCAUCCCACGCCAUUCAUCAGGAGUCGCGAGUUCCUGUGGCAGGAGGGCCACACGGCCUUUGCGUCCAAGGAGGAGGCCGACGUGGAGGUGUUGGCCAUUCUAGAACUGUACCGCCGCAUCUAUGAGGAGCUUCUAGCCGUGCCUGUGGUGAAGGGCGUCAAGAGCGAGCGCGAGAAGUUCGCAGGCGGGCUCUACACCACCACUGUGGAGGCGUUCAUCCCAGCGACGGGCCGCGGCAUCCAGUCGGCGACAUCCCAUUGCCUGGGGCAGAACUUCGCCAAGAUGUUUGAGAUCGAGUUUGAGGACGACAAGGGCGCCAAGCAGAUGGUCUGGCAGAACAGCUGGGGGCUUUCCACGCGCUCAAUCGGAGUGAUGGUGAUGGUGCAUUCAGACGACAAGGGCCUCGUCUUACCCCCUAACGUGGCGCCCAUCCAAGCCAUAGUGGUGCCCAUCCCCUUCAAGGAUGCCGACCGGGCGGCCGUGGUGGCGGCAGCGGCUGACGUGGGCAGCCAGCUGCGGGCAGCGGGGGUCCGGGUGAAGGAGGAUGCAAGGGAUAACUACUCCCCGGGCUUUAAGUACAACUUCUGGGAGCUCAGGGGCGUUCCUAUCCGUGUGGAGCUGGGCCCCAGGGACCUGGCCAACAAGCAGGUGGUGUUGGUGCGUCGCGACACCGGAGCGAAAGAAUCCGCCCCGUGGGAGGGGCUGGGCGAGCGGGUAAAGGCCCUCUUGGCGACGAUUCACGCGGACAUGCUGGCGCGGGCCACCAAGGAGCGCGACGAGAGUAUUGUGAAGAUCACCAAGUGGGAGGAGUUUAUGCCGGCCAUCGACGAGCGGAAGAUGGUGCUGGCGCCGUGGUGCGACGAGGAGGCGGUGGAGGAGGAUGUGCGGAAGAGAAGCGCUGCUGGGGAGGGUGGGUCGGCGAAAACGCUGUGCAUGCCAUUCGAGCAGCCGGAGCUGCCGGAAGGCACGCUCUGCUUCGCCUCGGGCAAGCCAGCCAAGAAGUGGGCUCUCUGGGGCCGCAGCUACUGAGGUUUCGCAAUCCAGUGUUACACAGUAGUUUGCUGAGGUCCAUCCAAAAAGCAGAAAUUGUUCUGGCAAGAAAUGGAUGAUGCUUUGUGGCACUAUUUACUGAAAACCCCAAGGGCACCGUGGUACUUCUAGAUUAGCUGAGGGUAUCAAUCAGAUACUGCUCUAGCCUCUUGAGUAACCGCAAGUUGCAACAAAACCUGUUAUCUGGGUAACCUGGCCCCCUCUGAUAUCUCACGCUGCAUCUGGUGGUGGAGAUUGCAGCGCAUUCGGACCACAGCCUUACCCUCGAAUCUGUAGGUGCCUAAAAAAUAGACUCGCGCAUUCAAU